AUGUCUUACAAGAAAGCCGACUUGUACCCUUGCAAUCCCGCGACAGCACGAGGACAAGCAACGAAGCUCGGCUCCAGUGGUGAUAAGAUCGUAUACACCAAUGGACGGACCGUAGUAAUUCGUGACCUUAAGACUCCCGCGGUUGCAGUCACCUACUCAGGGCAUAUACAGAACACUACGAUUGCUCGUAUCUCGCCAUCUGGAUAUUAUUGUGCCUCCGCAGAUAUCACAGGAACGGUUCGCGUUUGGGACGUCGUCGGUGAGGAUCAAAGCUUAAAGGGAGAGUACAAAGUCAUCUCUGGUGCUGUAAAGGAUCUCGAGUGGGAUGGGGAGAGCAAGCGGAUCAUUGCGGUUGGAGACGGAAGAGACAAGUUCGGACAUGCAUUUAUGAUGGACACGGGCUCUUCAACAGGCGAAAUUAUUGGACAUUCAAAGAUCAUCAAUGCUGUCUCAAUCCGACAUCAGCGGCCUUUCCGUGCAGCAACUGCCGCAGAUGACGCCACAAUAAUUUUCCAUCAAGGUGCCCCAUACAAGUACGAGAAGACAAUCAAGACGCACACCAAGUUUGUUCAAGAUGUUAGAUACGCUUCCACGGGUGACCACUUUGCAAGUGUCGGUUCUGAUGCCAAAAUAUUCAUAUACGAUGGGAAAAGCGGCAAUACGCUCGCCGAGGUUACUGAUAGUCCUCAUUCUGGGACAAUAAUGGCUUGCAGUUGGAGUCCAGAUAGCAAGUCUAUCGUGACUUCAUCCGCAGAUUGCACAGUCAAGUUAUGGGAUGUGGAAUCGCACAAAGCUAUCACAUCAUGGUCCCUAGGAUCUGGCGUAGAUAACCAGCAAGUUGGAAACGCAUGGACUGCGAGUGAUAACAUCGUCUCACUUUCCAUGUCCGGUACCCUGAACAUCUUCGACAAGAGGGUUGGAGACAAACCUUCCACUAAGCUUUUCGGUCCUCAAAAAUCCGUGACUGCUGCACUUACCCUCCCUUCGACAAGCGGGACAUUCCUUGCAGGCACCGCAGACGGUCGCGUACUGUCAUACUCUGACUCUAAAUACGCCCCACUGGAGGGCAGUGGCCACGCUGCUCUUAUUCCUGGUCUAGCAUCUAUCUCUAGUGGGGCAGUAUACUCUGUAGGCUUCGAUGAUUCCCUUCGGGAGAUUGAGGGCGGAAAAAGCUUCGUACCAGCUAUCUGCUCGACAGCAUCUCAACCUAAGGCGGUCGCAGUUGCAGGCGACUCAACCGUCUUCAUUGCAGAGGUAAAUGAGGUUGAGGCGAUCCGCUUCAAUCAGAAAGUAUCUGAGUUGAAGCCCAAAUUCUCGCCCUCUGCUGUCGCAGCGACAGGGUCAAUAGUGGCCGUCGGUGGUGAGGACCAGAAAGUUCAUUUGUUCGACUGGGAUGGGAAAUCCCUGACGGAAUCCGGUACGUUGGAGGGCAACAAGGGGACCGUAAGCGCCAUAGCAUUCUCACCGGAUGGGGCACUCUUGGCUUCGGGCGAUUCAUCUGGAAAGAUCGUGCUCUACGACGUGAGAGAACGCAAGACCAUCACUUCACGCUGGUCCUUCCAUAGCGCACGCAUUAACUCAUUGGCAUGGACUACUGAUGGUCAGCAUUGCGCAUCUGGGUCUCUCGAUACCCAUGUCUACGUGUGGAGUGUGCAAAAGCCGAUGCGCAACAUUGCUAUCAAGAAUGCGGGCCCAGGGGGUGUCAGUACGGUCUUCUGGAUUGAUGACGGGCGAUUGGCCAGUGCAGGCGCAGACGCUUGUGUCAGGACCUGGAGCAUAUCAUUUCCCGCAUAA